GCUGUUCCUCGUCUCAUUGCAUUCCUUCCCUCCCUCCCUUCCUGUCCCUCCGCGCGGGGGCCGCUGCAUGUCUCUGUGGCGGUCUGGGUGCAGCAACGCCUGUGGCUCUGGCCACUCCGGCUCGCGCGAGUCGCACAGCUGUGCCGGCGAGCCGCCUCCGCAGGAGGAGGUCGACCUGCUCCGCAAGGGCGGGCACGAGGCGCUGUUGAGGGCGUGCACCGUGCCGCCAGUGGCCGAGGAGGGCGACCGGCAGGCUGUUCAGGUGGUCGUGGAUGCCUCCAGGGAGGUGCUCGAGGAGAGGUCGAGCUCACGCCCAGGACAGUCCUUCUGCACGUAUACGACCUCAACGCGGGCCUCACGAGGGCCAACGAGGUACUGAACUUCACCCCGGCUGGGAUGGCCGUCGGGGGCGCGUUUCACGCCGGCGUGGAGGUAUACAUGAGCGAGUGGUCAUAUGGUAGCUAUGGCGUGUGCAGCUCUCUGCCCAGGACCGCCCUCGGCCACGUCUACCAGUGCAGCAUCCUCCUGGGGCCGACCAGGCUGGGGCUGCUCGAGUUCGUGGCGGUGCUUCGCCAGCUCUGCGACGAGUGGUGCGCCGCCGACUACCAGGUGCUCGACCGUAACUGCUGCAGCUUCGCCGCGGAGCUGGUCAAGCACCUGGGGGUGGGCCCGAUGCCACCCUGGGUGAACCGCUUCGCGCGGCUGGGGCAGGACGCGAGAGACAGCUGGACGAAUUUCCGCGGCCUCUUCACGGAGCGAGGGCUCGUCGGCAGGCUGACCUCGCGCGGCGGGCAGGCGAGCCCGUCCGACACCUCGGACUCGGAGUCGGAGCCAGAGCCCGCUGCGGGCGAGGCGGCCCGCCCGCUGCCCCUGCCCCCGCCGAGCCCUGGCCACCAGGUGCUCGACCGCGACCCUGCCCGGCAGCCCGCCUGCCAGACCGCCCCGCCCAACCACUCGCGCCCAGGCGGCGCCGACGGCGCGCCCUGCGGCACCGCCCCCGCCCCGCAGCAGCGCGCCGCAGUCCCAGCAGGGCAGCGCGCGCCGGCCGCGAGGCCCCCGCAGCCCCCGGCGCCGCAGCAGCAGUGGCACCAGCAGCCACCCGCGCCGCCGCCCGCGCGGCAGCCCGUGCCGCCGCCC